ACUUUUUUUAUUUUUUUUGCAGGCAGUGUGUUGGUCUCUCGCCGAGGUAACUGACUGUGUGUUGCAGCAGAGUGGUGCGGGUAUCUGGUGCUGAUCACGGCUACUCGGAGCAGGCACCGAGGCACGUGUCGGCGAGGAGUCAAGGCUCGGCACAUGGGCAACAUGGCUACAGUUUGAGGUGAGGAUGUACGUACUAAUAAUGGAUCGUGAAGCUGGACGUGGUUGAGCACGGACGGUGGUGCUGGCGGCCACCGCCCCCUCCCACUCCGGCGGGACCCGCCACCCCCACCGACCUGCCCUUCCCUUCCCAAGAUGGUAAGGCAAACGAAAUCAGUGGACUAGUCACUCAAUCCUUCCUACCAUACCACGGAAGUGAAUCCUCUAACACCCUUCCGUUCUUCACUUCUAUAUGAUUAAGGCUACAAUGAUUUAAAUUAAUUUGCAAAUUACAAACCUACUUUAUACACUUACAAAAAUCACAUAUAGAUAAAAUUAAUUUUAAAUUUAUUUAUCUCAAUAGUAACUAUGUACAGUGCCUACUUAAAUAGAUAAUACAGUGUUUGCUACAGUAUCCAUGACUUUUCUUUUGUGUUUUACACUAGUUUGCACUGUAGCUAUGUUAGAGGAUCCACUUCCCCAUACUUCCCCAUACGACACCACACCACACCACAGCUCGGCGCCUUGCCUGCUUCGCCACUCCCACUAGUACAAAGGGGAAGGAGGGGAAGGCCCUCCCCCCCCUUCUCCUCCUUCCUCCCGACCCCCGGCAGGAAAUGGCGGCCUCCUCUCCCUCCGCCCUCGCGCUCUCCCCCACCACGCGGGUAGCUGGCUCGUCCGUGCUGCUGGCGCUGAGGCGGACGCCGGCGACGCGCCUGGCCGCGGUUUCCUCCGGCCAGCUCCGCGCCUGCUCUUGGGGCGCGCUGCGCCAUCCCCGGCCGGAACCCCCUCGCCCCGGCGCCGCCUGCUCCAGGGCGCCUCUGCUCCGGCCUCGCGCAUGGCUGUCCACGUCCCAGAUUGCCAGCUCCGCCUUCACCCUGGGCACCGUCGCCGUCCUCCCCUUCUACACGCUCAUGAUCGCCGCCCCCAACGCCAACGUCACUAAGCGCGCCGUGGAGAGCACCGCCCCCUACGUGGCGCUCGGCCUCCUCUACGCCUACCUGCUCUACCUCUCCUGGACCCCCGACACCAUCCGCGCCAUGUUCGCCAGCAAAUACUGGCUCCCGGAGUUGCCUGGCAUUGUGAGGAUGUUCGCGAGCGAGAUGACCGUUGCCUCCGCCUGGAUCCACCUCCUUGCCGUCGACCUCUUCGCCGCAAGACAAGUGUACCAGGAUGGCAUCAAGAACAACAUCGAGACCAGGCAUUCGGUUUCGCUGUGCCUGCUCUUCUGCCCCAUUGGGAUUGCCGCUCAUGCGCUCACUAAGGUACUGGCGGGUUCCACAGGUCGACCGCACUGACGACCGAUUGCGUGUAGGCAGGCCCCCCUUGUUUAGAUGGCUCAGAUCGUGAGAUUCAGAUAUAUGAAUAAAAUUGAUUUGAUGCACCAUUUGUUCCAUGUAGAUUUCACAUUGAUUAUUCCCACCCAUUCAAUUGGAAUUGGCUCGAGCAACUGAAUCUACUCUUCAUACAAGGGCUAGGACAGCUUAUUUGUACUAUCUGAGUCAUGUCACGAAGAAAUGUACAUCUAAUUUAUAUCAUGUCUCAGAUUUAAUGGUGAGACACAAAUGUAAAGAAAUGAA